AAGAAAAACGCGUUUUGUGAAAAAGAACACCGUUGAAUCUUGUUUCUCUCCUCCUUCGUCUCCUCCUCCUCCUCUCUCUCAUCCCCUUUUUUUUCUUUCUUGCAAUUUUCCUUCAAAAUCGGGAUUAGGGUUUUCAGAAAAACCCUUUUCUCCCUUCUUUACUCACUCAAGGGAGAAACAAACAAAAAUAAAAGAAGAUUUUUGUUUUGUGUUUUGAAUUCCAGUUUUGCAUCUUCUUCUGUGAGAUGUUUUCUUCUUCUUCUUCUUUUCGUUCCAGUUCAGUGAUCAAAUGGAGCACCUUCACUUCUCAGUUCCACUUUAUGUUCCUCCUUUUCCUCCUCCUAUUUUCGUUUCACAAAAACGACGCCGUUUCACCCUCUUCCGACAAAUCCCUACUUCUCAAGCUCAAAGACUCUAUCUCCGACCCCUCCGGCAUGCUCUCCACGUGGAUCCCCACCGCCGGCAACGACUCCGACCACUGUUCAUGGCGCGGCGUGCUCUGCGACUUGGCCUCGCCGCCGCGCGUAGUAGCCAUCAACCUCACCGGAAACGGCCGGAGCAGCCGAAGCUUCUGCUCCGAUUUCGCUCAAUUCCCUCUAUACGGCUUCGGAAUCAGGCGGAGCUGCAACGGCAGCGGCGGUUCCCUCUUCGGAAAGCUCCCGCCGGUUAUCGGCGACCUUUCCGAGCUCAGGAUCCUCUCUCUCCCCUUCAACGGCAUUGACGGCGAGAUUCCCGGCGAAAUUUGGGGGUUGCGGAACUUGGAGGUGCUUGAUCUAGAAGGGAACUUGGUGACCGGUCACCUACCGUUACGGUUCGAAGGUUUGAAGAAGCUGAGGGUUCUGAAUUUAGGGUUCAACAGAAUCAUUGGAGAGAUACCGAGCUCAAUUGUAUCACUCGAGAGCUUGGAGGUUCUGAAUUUGGCUGCUAAUGGUUUGAAUGGUUCUGUUCCUGGUUUCUUAGGGAGGCUUAGAGGGGCGUAUCUGUCAUUUAACGAGCUCGUCGGCGUUAUCCCGGAGGAGAUAGGGGAUAAUUGUGGGAGCCUUGAGCAUCUGGAUUUGUCAGGGAACUUCUUGGUCCAGGGCAUUCCGGUAAAUUUAGGUAACUGUACCGGGUUGAAGACUCUGCUUCUGUAUUCGAAUCUUUUGGUAGAUGCCAUUCCCAGUGAAAUCGGAAAGCUUAAGAGCCUUCAAGUGUUGGAUGUUUCGAGGAACACGCUCAGUGGUCCGGUGCCACGCGAGCUAGGGAACUGCUCGGAGUUGUCUGUCCUUGUGCUCUCAAACCUCUUUGAUCCCACCGGAGGUGCGGUGAGGGAUUCUGGGGAUGAUUCUUCAGCAGGGCAGCCAGUUUCUGUGAACGACGAAUUCAAUUAUUUUGAAGGUGCAUUGCCUGCGGAGGUUGCACUGCUUCCAAAACUGAGAUUGUUGUGGGCUCCCAUGGUUAACCUGGAAAAUGAUUUUCCAAGAAAUUGGGGCAGUUGUGACAGGUUGGAGGUGGUUAAUUUGGCUCAGAAUUACUUCACCGGGGAGUUCCCCAACCAGCUUAGGUCCUGCAAGAAGCUGCAUUUCCUUGAUUUGAGCUCAAAUAACUUCACUGGUGAGCUUUCUGCUGAACUUGGUGUACCUUGUAUGACUGUCUUUGAUGUUAGUGGGAACAUUUUGUCCGGUUCGAUACCCGAGUUUGUUGGUGAUAUCUGUCCCCCUGUUCCUUCAUAUAAUGGGAAUCUCUUUGAAUAUGAUGACUUGUCCCUGCCAUACGCAUUGUUUUUUAUGUCAAAUGUUAGGGAUAACUUCCAUUUUGCCAUCAUUAGGAGGAUUUCCGGGCCGUUACCAUCGAAUCUGUUUGAUAAAUGUGACGGUGUAGAUUCGCUGCUAUUAAAUGUCAGUUAUAAUAACUUGUCUGGUAAGAUUCCUUCCAAUGUUGGCGCGAUAUGCAAAUCACUGAAAUUUUUGGACGCAUCCGGAAAUCAUAUUUCGGGAGCAAUUCCUGCCGGUUUUGGGGACGUGGUUUCUCUUGUUGCUCUUAACUUAAGUCGGAAUCAAUUACAAGGUCAAAUUCCUUCCAGCCUUGGUCAAUUGAAGGAUCUAAGGUUUCUCUCUUUGGCACGCAAUAAUUUAAGUGGCUCGAUUCCUUCAAUCUUGGGGCAGUUGCACUACUUAGAAGUCUUGGACCUCUCUUCCAACUCGCUUACUGGUGAGAUCCCUGAGGCUAUUGUGAACAUGAGAAACCUGACUGAUGUGCUCCUCAACAACAACAAGCUUUCUGGCCACAUACCUCCUGGUUUGGCUAGCCUCCGUACGCUCUCUGCAUUUAAUGUGUCUUUCAAUAACUUAUCUGGGUCCUUGCCAUCACAUAGCAGCUUAAUUAAAUGCAGCAGUGCUGUGGGGAAUCCUCUUAUACGUUCUUGUCGUGGAUUUUCUCUCUCUGUGCAAUCACCAGAUCAACAAGGGCAAGCAACAGAUAAUUCUGAGAGUGCUGCACCAGAACAGGCUUCUAGCAGUAAGAGUGGGUUCAACUCCAUUGAAAUAGCAUCCAUAACUUCUGCAUCAGCCAUUGUUUCUGUUCUUAUAGCGCUAGUGAUUCUGUUCCUUUACACAAGGAAGUGGAAACCAAUGUCCAGGGUUGCUGGGUCCACAAGAAAAGAGGUCAUUGUCUUCACUGAUAUCGGGGUUCCAUUGACAUAUGAAGAUGUUGUCCGUGCCACUGGGAAUUUCAAUACAAGCAACUGUAUUGGGAAUGGAGGGUUUGGGACAACCUACAAGGCAGAGAUAUCACCAGGGACUUUGGUGGCAGUCAAACGCCUGGCAAUUGGACGCUUUCAAGGUGCUCAACAAUUCCAUGCAGAGAUUAAGACCCUUGCAAGGCUUCAUCAUCCAAAUCUUGUCACACUCAUCGGUUAUCAUGCUUGUGAGACAGAGAUGUUUCUCAUAUACAACUAUUUGCCAGGUGGCAAUCUGGAAAAAUUUAUCCAGGAGAGGUCAACAAGAGCUGUGGAUUGGAGAAUUCUUCACAAGAUUGCAUUAGACAUAGCCCGUGCACUUGCCUACCUGCAUGAUCAGUGUGUACCUCGAGUUCUCCAUCGAGAUGUCAAGCCCAGCAACAUCUUGUUGGAUGAUGAUUUCAAUGCGUAUCUGUCCGACUUUGGAUUGGCCAGGCUUCUGGGUACUUCAGAGACCCAUGCUACCACUGGUGUAGCAGGAACAUUUGGUUAUGUGGCUCCUGAAUAUGCCAUGACAUGCCGUGUUUCUGAUAAGGCCGAUGUGUAUAGUUAUGGUGUUGUGCUUCUAGAGCUGCUCUCAGACAAGAAAGCAUUGGAUCCUUCAUUCUCCUCUUACGGGAAUGGCUUCAACAUAGUAGCAUGGGCAUGCAUGUUACUGAGGCAAGGCAGGGCUAAGGAGUUCUUCACUGCCGGGUUGUGGGAUGCAGGACCAGGAGAUGAUUUGGUAGAAGUCCUACACUUGGCAGUUGUGUGCACGGUGGACUCCCUCUCUACCAGACCGACGAUGAAACAAGUUGUGAGACGGCUUAAACAACUUCAGCCCCCAUCAUGCUAGCCCCACCCCCAUUUUGUGAGGUUGUUCUCGUUUGACAUAUAGUGAUUUUAGAAAUUUGCCACCUUGUUAAUUUGUAAUUUGGCAUUUGAUGCUUUUCUUUUUUCUUCCUUUUUUUUUUUUGUGUUUUUUCUUAGGUUGAGUUCCAAAUUGUAUGUAACACCCCCAUUGUAUAUUUUAUUAUAGUUGUGCCCCCAAUUUUCCAUGCUCUUUCCUUGAUUAGGUUUAGGGGGCUUGGGGAAGAUUCUGCAGAAGAAUGCAGAUAUUUGAUAUCCACGACAUGCCAUGCGAUGCCAUACAUGCCUAUGCCAUAUGAUGUAUUUCUCCAAAUAAAAUCAUAGCAUACAAUCAAUUUCCUAAACUUAUUUCGCAUCUGUGGCAGAACUAGAGUGAGGAGAAAAAGAAAAGAAAAGAAAAAGAAAAAAAAAACUAUUCUUUUUCCUAUUGGUGUAAAUGUAAGGGAAGGCAUGUUCCCCCACAUGAUCCUAACAAUGUCUUUGGUUCUGGUUGCAUAUGACAAGUUUACUGUAAGUUGUUUCUCAGGUGUA